AUGUCUAGCUAUGGGAUCAAAGUGGGGUGUCCCGAGGGGGGCAGGGCCCUGAGGUUAAGAGUCCAGUCACUUCCCUUUGAGCUAAUGAAAAGUGCAGAGCAGGAUGUUAAUGAGUGUGAGGUGGACAAGGGUGGCUGUGAGGGACACUGCUGCAACACCAUUGGUAGCUACUACUGCAAGUGCCCUGAAGGCAGCAAACUUGGUCCAGAUGGCAAAGCCUGUCAUGACUUAAAUGAGUGUGAGGAAUUUAAUGGAGGCUGCCAGCAAACAUGUGUUAACACACUGGGGUCCUAUCACUGUGAGUGCAGCGAAGGCUUCCGCAUGCACACUGAUGGUCGGACCUGCAUUGCUAUGAACUCUUGCUCUGUGCUGAAUGGUGGAUGUGAGCACAAGUGUGUGGACAUGGGCAACAGUCACUACAAGUGUGAGUGCCGGAAGAACUACAAGCUAAAGAGAGAUGGGAGACACUGUGAAUUGAGGGACCCCUGUAAGGAGAGGAAUGGAGGCUGUGCCCAGCUGUGCACUUCAGAAGGCGACCAGGUUCACUGCAGCUGCCGAUCUGGUUUCUCACUGUCCAGAGAUGGCAAGAACUGUAAAGACAUUGAUGAGUGCGGUUCUGGCCGUGCCAAGUGCUCCCACGGCUGCGUCAACAUGUUGGGUUCCUUUAGCUGUGUGUGCCACCCUGGUUUCGAGCUUGGUGCUGAUGGCAAGCAGUGCUACCGCAUUGAGAUGGAGAUUGUAAAUAGCUGUGAGAAGAACAACGGAGGUUGCUCCCAUCAUUGCGAACACACCACCAAUGGCCCCCUCUGCUCUUGCAGCCAUGGCUACCAACUGGACCGGAACAGGAAGACCUGUGUAGAUAGUAAUGAGUGUGUCAACGAGGAGUCCUGCUGCAGCCACUUCUGCAGGAACUAUCCAGGCGGCUAUGAAUGCAGCUGCCCAGCUGGUUACAGACUCAACCCAGAUGGCUGUGUCUGUGAUGACAUUGACGAGUGUCUGGCGGAGAUUUCGGGCUGUGAGCAUUACUGCUUAAACACCCUGGGAACGUACGAGUGCUUUUGUCGAAGGGGCUUCCGCCUGGAUCAGGACCAGCACUCCUGCAUCUCUCUGUAUGAGGGAGAACUGGAAGAGGAAGAGGAGGAAGAUGAGGCAGAGCAGCUGGAGGUUGACAGAUUACCAGACCUGCUGUUCCGCAAAGCUCCUCAGCUCCUGCAGUACACGGCAGCCCUGCGCUCCCAUUAUAGUGCUGCCGCUGAUGAUGAUGAUGAUGGCCACCCGGGCAGUGACGAUGAGGAAGAUUUAGAGAUCCAGAGAGAGCGCAGAGGAGAGCUGAGAAUGGACAGCCACAUAGUGUGUCUCGAUGGCUCCUUUGGGGACGAGUGCAGCCUGAGCUGCGAGGACUGUGUGAAUGGAGUGUGUAGUGACAGCAGGGACCAAUGCCAUUGUUCACCCGGCUGGGCCGGAGUUGUUUGCAAUGAGAGUAAGUUUUAG